UUCACCGGCUCCCGCCCCGCCUCGUUCCGCCCCGCCCGCGCCGCGCCGGGCGCUGUCAGAGACUCGGUGUAUGCUGAGGCGCUGCUGCGUCCGGUUGCUGCACGUCCUGGGCCCAAGCUCCCCGCUGCUGACCCGCCUGCCACUUCUCUGCCCUCGCAGCCUCAUGAAGCCUCUGGUCGUGUUCGUCCUCGGCGGUCCCGGCGCCGGCAAGGGGACCCAGUGCGCCCGCAUCGUCGAGAAAUAUGGCUACACACACCUCUCUGCAGGAGAACUUCUUCGUGAUGAAAGGAAGAACCCAGAUUCACAGUAUGGUGAACUCAUUGAAAAGUACAUUAAAGAUGGAAAGAUUGUGCCAGUUGAGAUAACCAUCAGUUUAUUAAAGAGGGAAAUGGAUCAAACAAUGGCUGCCAAUGCUGAGAAGAAUAAGUUCUUGAUUGAUGGAUUUCCAAGAAAUCAAGACAAUCUUCAAGGUUGGAACAAGACCAUGGAUGGGAAGGCAGAAGUAUCUUUUGUUCUGUUUUUUGACUGUAAUAAUGAGAUCUGUAUCGAACGAUGUCUUGAGAGGGGAAAGAGUAGUGGUAGGAGUGAUGACAACAGAGAGAGCUUGGAAAAGAGAAUUCAGACUUACCUUCAGUCAACAAAGCCAAUUAUUGACUUAUAUGAAGAAAUGGGGAAAGUGAAGAAAAUAGACGCUUCUAAGUCUGUUGAUGAAGUUUUUGAUGAAGUUGUGAAGAUUUUUGACAAAGAAGGCUAACUCUAAACCUGAAAGCAUCCUUGAAAUCAUGCUUGAAUAUUGCUUUGAUAGCUGCUAUUACAACCCCUUUUAAAGGCAAUUUUAAUCUUCAAAAUUACAUCUCAAUUAAUGACUAGAAAAUACAUAGUAAGACAAGACAAAGUAAAUUUUUAUGGUGUUUUUUUCUUUUUGAUUUGUUUUUGGUCACAGGAGUAGACAGUGAAUUCAGGUUUAAUUACUUCUUAGUUAUUAUGGUGCUCACAAAACAAAGAAGGGUAUCAGCUAGUUCUUUGAUUUUAUUAACGACUGUCCUUUUUAUAGUUUGUGCCUUCUGUGAGCAAAAUUUUUUAGUAUGCAUGUACAUCCCUUUAGUAAUUACAACAUGUUAGAAUUAGGGAUUCCCACUUCUUUUCUUGCAGGUUUUAAAUUUCUAACCUCUUAAUUGAAUUUGUGGACCAAAUUUCAAAGGAAUUAUUUUGUGUAGUCAGUUCUUGUGCGAGGUGUUUGGUAAACAAACUCAUAAAAUGGAUUCAAACAGUGUUUUAGUAUUUAUGAAAUAACUGACCAUUUCCUAUAGUAAGAUGGGAAAACUUAGGCUUUGAUUUACUUCAACUUGCACAAAGUUGUAUGUCAGAGCUUCCAGGGUUUGGGUUGGGGGCACGAGGGGUUCAGAGCCUGGAGGAAUUGUCAGUUUUAUUCUGACAUAAUCUGAGGAUAUGGAGCAAGGAUCACAUCUAAUUUCUUAUGUUCCUUAUGCUCAAUUGUAUAGUGCUAUUCAUUUAGUAAACUGAUCUUAACACAAUUCCUAGCAGUGGAACCUUGAAAUGCAUGUGCUAGAUUUAUACUAAAAUGAUUCAGUUCUCAUUUUAGCAAUGCUUCCAAGUCUUUUUUUGUUUUUUUGAGACUAAAUAUAGGGAUAAGAUAAAUUGUAAAACAACCUAAUGAUUAAAGUUCCCAUUUGCAUUUUAUUUUCUGAAAUACUUUUUUCAUAGUUACUUGUUUUAAAAGAUUUUAAAAAUCAUUGCACUUUGGUCAGAAAAAAUAAUAAAUUUAUCUUACAAAUGUU